CUUGCCUUCCGCUAGCAAGUUCUUUUCUCUUCAUUCUUGCAUUGAGAACCUUCUUUGACAACACACACACACACACAAUAACUCUUCUCUCUUUUUUUUUCUCUAAAACUCAUCAGAAACUACAAUGGCUCCUGCUGCUACGCAAUCUUUGAGUGAGGCACUUGUUGCCGGCCAUCUCGGACACUUGACCGAUCCCCAAACCGAAAUGUUGAAGAAAAUGUGGCAGCGCCUGUUCACAUUGUUCGAGCAACCUGGCGAUCCCAACUCUAAGCCUGCGCCCAAGAAGAAGACCGAGGAGGCACCCAAAAAGUCUGGUGGCUUCUUCAGCCGUGGCAACAAGGAGGACACAACCACCGAAGACUUGUUCAUUGGCGCCACCACGGAUCCCAACUGGAUGUCACUUCCUCUUGAAAAGGCGAUCCCAUUGAUCCCUGGCUCCAAGUUGGAAGGUACCUUCUGGAACAUGAUCCAGACUGACAACCCAGACGCCGUUGUACUUCGUUACCUCCGUGCCCGCAAGUGGGACUUUGACGCCGCUUACAACAUGCUGAUCAACACCUUGCGCUGGCGCUUGGUGAACCGUGUCGAUGACAUUGUCGCUUUGGGUGAGACGGGUCUCAAGGACGAGCUCGAAAAGUUGAAGAAGGGCAUGGGCUCGUCGUUCACCUGGAACUUGAAGUCGGGUAAGGCCUAUCUUGGAGGUCCCGACAAGGAUGGUCGCGGUAUUUGCUUCAUCAACGUCCGCUUCCAUCUCAAGGAAGACCAGUCUCCUGAGGUCGUCAAGCUCUUGACCAUGUAUGUCAUGGAAAACUCUCGUCUGGUUGUCAACCAGCCCAUGGAAACUGCCUGCAUUGUAUUCAACAUGGAGGACUUUACACUAAAGAACAUGGAUUUUGACUUUGUCAAGUUCUUGGUUUCGUGUUUCGAGGCUUACUACCCUGAAACCUUGGGUCAGUGCUUGAUUCACAAGGCUCCUUGGGUCUUCUCUACUGUGUGGAGCUUGAUCACCCCUCUCUUGGAUCCUGUUGUUGCUAGCAAGAUUGCCUUCACCAAGAAUCUCGACGAACUCACCAAGCGCAUUGACGCCAGCGCCUUGCCCAGCUUCAUCAGCAAGGAUGAGACCAAAAAGACAAAGGAUGAGCGCAUGAAGGUUGACGAACCUGAUGCCGGCACUUUGGAGCGACCUAGCACUGCUGCUGUUCAGGACUACAACGACAUCAUCAAGGAGUAUGUGUAUGAAACCAAGGAAUGGACCAAGACGGAAAAGCCUGCUGAUGAGAAGGGCGAAUCGGGCCGUUUGGAAUUGGCCAAGCGAUUCCGUCAGGCCCGUGUCAAGGCUGACAACGACCUCCGUGGUGACAGCACCUGGAAGCUCAAGGGCAUGUUCAAAGUCAACGAGCAAGGCCGACUUAUUAUCGAUUUUGGUAGUGAUGGCUGGGAGCCCCUUGACAUUACCGACCGUGUCUAAAUUAUUUGUUCCAUCCCCCCCCACCCCGAUUCCUUUGAUAAACAAUCCGUAAACACAAACACAUACACACAACGACGACAGUAACAGCAACAACAACAACAGUAACAACUCCACCCAAUCAACGCAUAUGUCUCCCAAACAAUUCCCACACAACCUCUUGUUCCCCUGAAUUGGUACCCGUUUUUGUGUCUUAGUUUUCUAUUUCUGGUCCGGACCGAUUAUAUCCAUCAGGGACAAGGAAUACCGCAUUUCGUUCUUCUUCUUCUUUCCUGUGAAU